UCCUGAGGCGUUCACGCUGGCUGCUUGUGCCUUGCCUGCUACUACAGUUGAAACACUAGCUUCACACACCGACGAGAGGCGCAGCUGGCUGCCAGAGACCGUCAACUCUGUCACAAAUCCACACUUUCACCUCCGUCGUUAUGCUGCCUCUGAAGUCGUGACUGUAAAUCAACCACCACAGCCAAAACAAUGGCAGGUGUCCUGAAGCGGAAGUUUGCAGCGGUUGAGGAAAACACCAGCUACUCUUCCUCUUCCUCCUCACCACCGUCGUGUUCACCCACAUCUUCAGAGUGGGAGUCCGACGGGGAGAGCGGAACGGCAGAUGUGACACUUCACAGCCCCUCGGCGCCCGCCGGCUUACCCAUCAGGUCCAUCAUGAAAAAAACUCAGCUGGUCAAGAGGCAGUGUCGUGUGCGCUUUGACCAAGUUGCCGUUUUCAGUUUCCCUCGCUGCCAGGGCUUCACCAGCGUGCCCAGUCACGGUGGUGCCACUUUGGGCAUGAUGCGGCGCCACAGCACCUUCCACAAGUACACAGUAGCGGAGCACUCGUCGGAGCAAAAGCGCCGGCGUAGGCAAAGGCACCUGCUCACAUUAGAAGAGGAGAGAAAUGAUGCAUCAAAACAAAAUCUGACCACCAAUGCGGCCGCCGUUGGGCAGAAGGAAGCGGGUCAACUCGCAAUCCACCAAGUUGCAGCCGAUGACGUCCACAUCAGCGAGGCCGAGCUGGACAAUGGAGGCUCCCUGGCGCUGUAUUCGUCCAGGCAGCGGCAGGCUCUCCUUCUAGCAUCAGGGGUGAAGCGCAUAGACAAAGAAGAGAAGAAGCACCUUCAUUCUCUGCGCUUGUCCAGGGAAGCGUGUGGAUGUGACUGCCAAGGCUUUUGUGAGCCCGAGACAUGUGCCUGCAGCUUGGCAGGCAUCAAGUGUCAGGUGGACCGCUUCAGCUUUCCUUGUGGCUGCACUAAGGACGGUUGCGGAAACACCGAGGGACACAUCGAGUUUGACUCCAAACGUGUGCGGACACAUUACAUCCACACCAUCAUGCGACUCAAUUUAGAGCGGCGACUGCAAGACGAAACAAGUCGGGAGGACCGGUCGAUACGUUCGGAAGAGCUUGAGAGUCAGACUCUUCCUGUGAACAAUGAAUCAUUCAAGAGGUGCCCUUUUGGUUUUUCCUUGGAAGACGAUGAUCUCGCUCUUAUCAUUCCCACCAGUCCUACGUUUAAUUUUCUCCCGGAGCGAGCAGUGAUGGAAGAGAGCAGCUGCAGUAGCGACAUGACUGAAUCGUCCAGCUCUUCUUCCGAUUGCGACGGUGGGCCACUUCCUGCCAAUGGCAAAGGCGUGCCUUGUAGCCUCUGCCUCUGUGAUUCUGACAAUAAUAAUGACUCCAUGUGUCACCAAAUGAGACUUAUCGCAGCACCACUGAACCUGGGGAGCAGCAAUUGUAACUCCAACAGGACAGCUGACAGAAUGGGACCACUUUCAGCAAACUCGGUCGCAGUGACAGAUUAUCUCGAUGAAAAUGCAAACCAAGCCAGAGACCCCGUUGACAACGAGGAUUCCCUCGAAGACUAUCCAAAUACUCCCUCCCCUACCCUGGACUAUUCAUCCAGCUACUUGGACCCGAGUCUCUCGUCUGAGUCGGACCUGGAGUUUUUUGACAGCGACUAUCCCUCUGGACCUCUUCACAGCUCAUUCAAAGAGCACAGACACACAGACAGCUUUCAACACCUCCAGCUGAUCAGCUCCGUUUAUUUGCCACAGUGUGACUCAAGCACUUACCUCCUGGAGUCUCUGAUUGGCCUGACGGAGCCCAGCCCAGAGCAGCCUUGUGAAUCAAAUGGACAUUUUUGAUUAGACACUAAGCUGUUUUUGAGAAGAAUUUAGAGUUUAGGUUUUUUUUCCCCCUCAUAUUAGCAUUUUUUCAUUUUUUUUUUUUAUUACUGCUAUUGUUUUUCAGUGGAGUCAGUACAGUUCUAUUUGUAAUGCUGAUUUUUUAUUUCAUGAACUUUUAUGCCUACUUUAAUUUGUUGUUUCCUUUCCAUUGAUACCAUUGCUACAAAAAUACAGAAUUUCUAAUAUGGGAAUUAGACAAUAUGUGUAUGAACCACUUGGAGCAUGAGCACCUAUCUCAAAAUAUCAACAGAUUUCUACAAUUAUUUUGCUAACUGGCAAAACGACCCACUUUAUAUAUGAAGCUAUUGGAAAAAACUGUUUACGUUCGUGUCAAAUAGCUUAGUCAUUGUCAGGACUGGUAAUGAGUUGUGCUUUCCAUGCCUUGCAAUAUAUUUAUGUACUGUAGUAAUAAAUGGAGCUAUUUAUUUAUUAAAUCACUCAAUCCGA